UACGUCACCAAUACUACUCCAUGAUAACAUCAUGUAUUUUUACAUUCCGAAGUAAUGGAAUUAUGAAGUUCAAGCAUUUGGUUGUCUAUUGUUUGACCUGACGCUGUCAAGUCAACGAACUGAUGAACUUGGCGGUUUUAGUAAUAAGUUGGAUAGAUAAACCCAAAAAUGCCCCCGAAGAAGCGUGAAAAAGAAAGCGAAACAAAUAAAAACUCUAAAAUAGAUCAUUUGCAAGCGGAUCAUGAACUAUUCUUACAAGCUUUCGAAAAACCAACACAAAUAUACCGAUUUUUGAGAACACGUAAUAUGUUAUCGCCCAUAUUUUUAAAUCGGACGCUGUCUUAUAUGAAACGUAGGAUGUCUAGAAGCAAUAAAAGCCGUAUCGGCUUCAAAGUGGACUCCUUGCUUGAAAAGAUAACAUUAAAAAAGAGCACUGAAUUACAGCUUAACAGUCUGGGUGGUUAUAUGACUUUAACGUUUUUGGGUUUUUACGACAAAAGUUUAGAAGAACCUAGUGAUUAUCAAGUGAAAGUUGAAACAUUACUCUUAAAGAUAUGUCACAAGAAAAGGAAAGAAAGCUCAUCAGCUAUAGUGGAAGUUUCUGUUGGCAGUUGUUCAGUUCCCCUCAACCCUUCGACUUCUGAGCCUCCAGCUAUGGCCUCUGCUGUGAGCAUAUCAAGUGACACUUUCAGCCCUUCACAUGGACCCAAUGUAAAAUCCUACAUGCUCAUGUUAAGGGUAACUGUCACAAAGGCUUCCAUGAGUAAUGGUGCAAGUUCAACAGAAAUAACUAAUGGAGAUGAUGAACCUCUAACAAAACGUCUCAAAUCAUCAUCCGAUAUAAAUUCAAGCACAGAUAAUAAAUGGAGCAAACUUUAUGGCAGUGAGUUAAUAGUGUAUGACAAACAUAACAGAUGUCUUCUAACUAACGGGGAGUAUGAUCUAGUGUUGCAUGAUGUAACCCCCGGCGGCCGGAGCGCUACCAUUGCCAGAUCUCCUCACAAAGCUCUGAUGGCGCAAUGGGAAACUAUACCUAAUGAAAAUGACCUACAAACAGAGACAAAUCCUUUCGAUAUAUUCAAAGUUAGACCGUUAUUGAAGUUAAAGCUCAGCUGGAGUCAGGAACCCACAAACGGUUUAGUGAACCGGCCGAAACUCUACCAGCAGGACAGUAAUGGUGUGAAAAAAGAUAACACUGCCAAAGAGAAAAUUUCCACCCCGAGGUGCUCCACUAGUGAAAUAAAAAAUGGAGAGAAAUCCAAGCAGGAGUCUACAGAUUCAUCCAAACGUCAACAGAUCAUUUAUCAGUUCCUAUACAACAACAACUCCCGCCAGCAGACCGAGGCCUGCGAUGACUUACAUUGUCCAUGGUGCUCCCUCGACUGCGGAGCGCUAUACUCCCUGCUCAAACAUCUCAAGCUGUGCCACUCAAGAUUUAAUUUUACUUAUUUUCCAAUACCAGGUGGCGCUCGUAUCGAUGUGUCUAUCAACGAGUUAUAUGAUGGAUCGUACACGGGCUCCCCUCACGACCUGAUAGCGGCUCAAGGUCGGUCCAGGGGCGGAGGCCCACGCGCGGGGCCCACUCGUAGGGCUUCGCUGACACAUCUACUAGUGUUGAGACGACGAAGACACAGGCAUAGUCUGGCAGAAUUCCUAGAACUGGAUGAUAAUGAUGUAGAUGCACAGAGACCCUACCUAACAGGACAUAAUAGAUUAUACCACCACACAAUAACCUGCCUGCCGGUGUACCCUAACGAGCUGGACAUCGACUCCGAGAGCGAAACGGAUCCGCUCUGGCUCCAACAGAAGACCAUGAUGAUGAUAGACGAGUUCACCGACGUCAACGAGGGAGAGAAGGAGCUCAUGAAGAUGUGGAACCUUCACGUCAUGAAGUACAACUACGUCGGCGACUGCCAGAUACCGCUCGCUUGCCAGAUGUUCCUACAGAUGAAGGGCAAGGAACUGCUCGAGAAGAAUCUAUACAGGAAUUUCAUACUCCACAUGUGUUCAUUGCACGAUUUCGGACUUUUGAGUCCGGUGGCGCUCUAUCAAACCGUACAAAUGCUGAACCAAAUGUUGGCGGACAGCGCCGACGCCAAAGAGAAGAUGAGAGAGUCGCUGAGGGCGCAGAGGGACCACUGGAACGCCGUAGGGAAAUUCCAGCAACCUGUGAUAAUAGAACAAAAACCUAACAACGCCACUGUCAAGCUGAACAACGUCGAGGCGUCGCCGUCCGUCAGAAGAAAAACGUCGAAUUUACAGAACGCCAACAGGAUGGGCAGCGCUAGCUCCAACUUCAACAAAUCAUCUAGUCCCGGACCCGCCAACGGCGAAACCAAAAGGAAAAUGUCUUCCGGAAGCAUUCAGAGUAGAAAGAGGUCUUCUAUAUCCGAAAGAAAGAGCUCGGUAUAGCGAAUAAUCAGUAUUGAACCGGUUUACAGGACUGGUCUUCGUUCGAGGCUUUUAGUACAAUCGGGAUGUACGUUUUAAAAAAAUAUAUGUAAAAUUACAAGGAUUUAACUGAUGUUUUAACAGAAUUCUGCCACGUGAUUAGAUAAUUAUUUCGUUACUGCCCAGUAAUUAUAAGAUUAAUUUAAGUCCAUCAAAUGGAAGGCGCGUAGUUAAGUUUCAUAAAUUAUGUCAUUUUUUUUUGCCGAUCCAGGAUCUCUUAUUUAAGUCUUUAUUCGAACAGCACUUUGUAAUCAUUCAAUAGACUGAUUCAAAAGACUAAAACUGAAUAGGAAUAUAAAGAUUAGAACAAAACAAUAAUCUCAGCUUUAUGUUAGUUUAUUGUAGUCCAAAGUCCCGGGAUACUUCAUCAGAGCGACCAAGGGAUUGCCACUUGUGUUCCGGUUCCGUUCCCGGUUAUGACAGAUGCUUGCAAUAUAUUGUGUCGAUGUUGUAAUACGAGUUCAGUGUUCACUGUCGAGACUUAAUAUAUCGAGCGCUAGGCGGAACUACCUCCACGGGAAUUAUUUAUAAUCAAUAAUGAAUUGUUUCACAUUAGGACGCUAGUGUUUACGUUUUUUUACACGACGGCUAGUGAUGUACCAAUGUGGAAACUUAUUGGACGCCGCAUAAGACUGCUAACUUCGAUUGCCUUAAAUAUCACCUCAGUCAAAUCGGACGUGAUCUUUAUUGUCACUAUAUACUAGUUGUGUUUACGUUAGCCUUUUUAGUAUUUCAAUGCAAUAAUGAAUUUGUAACAUUUUGUUAUUUUUUUAAAGAUGUUUUCAUUGAAAAUUUCAGUAAUUAUUUGUACUUAUGAAAUGAAAUAUAAUUAAUAUUUUCGGUA